UGCAUUGUUGUUUUAAAGCAGAUGUUGCCUCACUCGUUAUCCUCUAACUUGUCAAACGUGCUUUAAAAAGUUGAAAACGUGAGUAGCUUACGUAUAAAACAAAGAUGUUUUCUCACGUUAUGGCUAACAGAGAAGAAAUGGAAUCUUUCAAUAUCAACUCUCAAACAAAGCUUGCUCAAACAAGUUCAAUUGCACAGCAUUUGAAAAGCGCAAACAAGCGUCAGUCAAGACCUGAUUACGUAGUUAUUGAAACUUUGCCGUCAAAACGAUAUAAGAAAGAUAUUUUUCCUGAGUCUGAAGAUGUUUUUGAAACAUCGUCAAUAAAUUCGUUUGAUCCAUAUCUUAGCUGCUCUUCUCACACUUCAAAUAUUUCAUCUUCCAAUCAGUCUCAACCUCAGCAACAAAACCAACAACAGGAGUACUCAAAUGACGAAGCACUUGGCAACAGCAAUAAACAGCGUUUGUCGAGGACAACUGAAAUGUUAAAGGAGAGUGGGCUUUAUGAUGUGGCAGUGCGAACAGCUGCAUUGAUUCGAGAAAAUCAGCAAAGCCAUAGAGAUUUGGAAAAUCUAAAAGAGGAAACAAAACUCUUUUUGAAAGAUCUCCUGAACAAUCCAGAAAAUAAGAAAAUCAGUCACAUUUUCAAUGGUUUGCAGCAGGGCCAGUAAACCUAAUAACAUCUAAAAACUGUUAAUAGCUCAUGAGUCAUUUGUUUCAAGUCCAUUUUUUGUAACAGAGAUACUAUGUGUCUAACAUCAUCGGCCCUAGUAAAUGUGUCACAUCUCAAUUCAACAGUCAUCUCCAAAGAUGUUCCAGCACAACACUUUACAAUAUCAAAAGUAUUUCAUGGUGUCGUCCUGGUAGUGCAUCUGCAGUAAUUAUAGCUCUCUGUAAAUUGUGGUUGCAAUUUCAACAAAUCGUUUCCUUGAGAACUAGUCUGUGUAAUUGUUUUA